ACUUGGCGCGGCGUGCCCUGCCAUACCGUACCAGCAUGUCUUAUUUUCGGGGUAUGCCUUAUAUUUCGCCAGGUCUUGAAAAUCCUGCCAUGCCUUAUUUUUUAGGGAUGCCUUAAAAUAUGAGAAACACGGUAUUACAAACAAGAGGACUGUACAGGAGCCUUGUAAGCAGCUUUAUCUCUGCUUGAUUUACAGCAGGCACGUCCAACAGGUAGAUGUCUGUGGUAGAUCACUGCUAGAUCACUGGCACCCCUAAAAAAAGCUCACCCAAAAUUUUCCUCCUCCCUAAAAAAAGCUGAACUAUGACCUGAAGCCCUAAACAAAAAUGGGCCUCCCUUCCUCCUAAAAGAAGCUCAACAAGUUUGACCUAAACCCCCCAAACAGGGCUUCCCUUCCUUAAAAAAACUCAACAGCUUUGACCUGAACCCCCAAAAGAGGGUAGAUCACUCCCAGUUUUUAACUCUGUGAGUAGAUCAGAGUCUCUUGGGAGUUGACCACCCCUGAUUUACAGUAUACAGAUGCAGGAGGAGGGGCAGACUGGAACACCACUGCUUUUUAUGAACAUCACUGUGUCUAUCAAAGCUACAGCUCUCCCUUUUUCUUAUUCACUUCAUUUUAGCCUUGCAGAGCCACCUCAGUCAAAUUGAAUCCUCUGCACCCUCAUUAAAUCGUCAGUAGAACUCUUAAUGCGAUCCCUGAAUGCUCAUUAACAACUCCCACUGAAGAACAAUAGGGUGAAGUGGUGAGCUAUCAAAUCUUGCCUGAAAGGGGAUAUCUGCUCCAUUGUCUUAACUGCUUAACUACCGGUAGUCACUUUGCUUUAUUUAUUUGAUGUGUUUUUGUUACAGCUGUGUUUCCCCCACACACACACAGCAAGCGGAGACCAAGCGGCUCUCGCUAAAGCAAAGCACGUCUCGUCUCCCGUUUGCCCUUUUCCACUUCAGUUUUUGGAGGGGAAAAGUGCUGGUUAUGGUCUGUAAAAUAUGUUAAUUUUUUGCUUUGGGGGGGGGAGCUGCCCCCGUCUGCCUCCCCGGGUACGCCUAUGAUGCAGAGCCAUCCCCUCUAGCCGGAAAAUCCCUGCAGGGACAGAGAUUUCCCCUCCUGCACAUAAAAAGAGGAGGAAUAUGCCGACAGGGCCUGCCCAAAACAUUUCGGCCCCGUUCUUGCCACCCGCCCCCUGUUUAGUGAGUUGGAGGUGAUGUUGUGGAGGAAAUGUUGCUUUCUCUGGAAAAAGAAUAAAAGCAGACUUCUAAACACAACUCCAGGCCACGCCACUCAGAAACCCCCACACAACAAAAGAGACAAAAACCAGGUUGCAGUGUUUGGUGCCCUCUGGAAAUUUCAAGAGGUCACUAGUUCUUAGCACUCCGAUUCCGAUAAUCGGGGAUCAUUGUGUGAGCUCUGCAUUGCUCCCACCCUGCCUGCCCAAUGCACAUAGUUACGUCCUCAGCUAUUAGGUUCAAAUCCCAGCUUCCCCAGAAAGCUCCCAUGGUCUCCUUGAGACAAUUGCAACCUCCCAUCUUAACCUACCUCGCAGGAUUGUUGUGGAGGAAAAAUGUGUGAGGGAAGGGACCAUGCACAGCCUCCUCAACAGAUCAAUGGAAUGAAAGGGAAUUAUUGCUAUAAGCCAGCUGUAGCCCCUGUCAGGGGGAAAAGGCAGGAUGUGUACAUCAAAAUGAUGAUGAUGAUGGAAAUUGCAAAAUCCUUGCAAGAGCUCUGAGACUCCCUUCUUCCUCCCUCCCAGGAAUCUAAAGCUGUUUUAGCAUCACUACAAACCUAGCAAGGAUGGAAGAAGGAAGAUGGACGGUUGACCUGGUCCCUCUGUAUCCUGCGUCCCUCCCCACAACUUCUGACCGGUCUCUCCCAGGAACCUCAGAGAGAUCUAGUGAUGGAGAAGACAGUUGGAACUCUAGAGCGCCACCUGUAGUUUCAUUGGGAGUAAAGAAGAAAUCUUUUAAAUGUGUGGAAUGUGGAUUUUGCUUCCGUCAUCGUUCACACCUGAGGGUGCAUCAACGGAUUCACAGAGGAGAGAAGCCUUUUGAAUGUAUGGAAUGUGGAAAAUGUUUUAGGCAGAAGGCACACCUUACUUCGCACCAACGAACUCACACUGGGGAGAAGCCAUUUAAAUGUAUGGAGUGUGGAAAGAGCUUCAGUCAUAACAGCACACUUACUUUACAUCAGCGAACUCACACAGGUGAAAAACCAUUUAAAUGUAUGGAGUGUGGAAAGAGCUUUAAUCAGAGUGGACACCUUACUUUACAUCAUCGGACUCACACAGGGGAGAAACCAUUUAAAUGUAUGGAGUGUGGAAAGAGCUUCAGUCAUAACAGCACACUUACUUUACAUCAUCGGACUCACACAGGGGAGAAACCAUUUAAAUGUAUGGUGUGUGGAAAUACUUUCAGUACUGGUUCAACGCUUAAUAUUCACCAUCGAAUCCACAAAGGAGAAAAACCAUAUGAAUGUAUAGAAUGUGGAAAGAGCUUCACUUAUAGGGCAGAUUGCAGAAGACACGAACGAACUCACACAGGGGAGAAACCAUUUAAAUGUAUGGAGUGUGGAAAGAGCUUUAAUCGGAGUGGACACCUUACUCAACAUCAUCGGACUCACACAGGGGAGAAACCAUUUAAAUGUAUGGUGUGUGGAAAUACUUUCAGUACUGGUUCAACGCUUGAUAUUCACCAUCGAAUCCACACAGGAGAAAAACCAUAUGAAUGUAUAGAAUGUGGAAAGAGCUUCACUUAUAGGGCAGCUUGCAGAAGACACGAACGAACUCACACAGGGGAGAAACCAUUUAAAUGUAUGGAGUGUGGAAAGAGCUUUAAUCAGAGUGGACACCUUACUCAACAUCAUCAAACUCACACAAGGGAGAAACCAUUUAAAUGUAUGGAGUGUGGAAAGGGCUUCAGGGAUGGCUCAGGACUUACUAAACAUCUACAAACUCAUAAAGGGGAAAUUCAAGUUUAAAUGUAUGGAGUUUGUGUGGUGUUCUGGUGUUUGUAUGCAAAUUUGUAGGCACAUGUAUUAAACUAGUGCACAAGAGGUCAUGCUAGAUAAUAUGGGGAGGGUGUGAAUUUGGAGUCUUGGUGGUGUGUGAGCUGAGUUUUGAUGCCCCCUUUUCACUGCCCAAAUGAUGGGCCUAUCUUGUCCUUUCAAUCGGCAUCACUGUUGAGAUACAACAAGUGCUCACUACCUGAACUUUGCAUAAUCCUUUGAAUACCAUUUUUAUAAUAUGAUUUCCCAGCUGAAUGAAAAGGUUUCUGUAUUAAAAAAAUCAUUUGGUGUUUUAAAACUCAUCGGCUGCAUUUUCCAUACCACUGGAACACUGACCAUCCCCUGUGCUACUAAUCAGUGAGCUUUGAAUUCAAUAUACCAUGAUUAGACCAUUUUAAAGAGCUACAGUACCCUGCUUUAGCUCAUAAUCUGUUUGACCUCUUCUCCUCCUGCCUACCCUUUAUUCAAAUAAAGUUUCAGAGUUUGAUGAUUGGAGUGUGUGUGAUUGUCAGCCUCAUUUAUUUGGUAUCCCCCUGGGCUUAGGUUGCCUUGGGUUUCACGGUCUUGGGAGUUCCAAGUCCACAAGAGGUAAAGUCAGGAAUUUCCUUUCUUUUGGGGGGAGAAGGUGCGAACGGGAGGGAGAUGGUUUUAGCCUCUGCAUAAAUGCAAAGGGA